AUGUCAUAUUCUGCACCUUUUUUGCAAAGAUUCGAUUCAGAUACAACAAUAAACUAUCUUCUCGAUUAUUCAAAACAAGAACUACUACCAUCAAGCUAUAAUAAUCAAAACAACAAUUAUCAAACAAUGACAUCGACAAAUACCUUACAAUUCGUCAAACAAGCAGAUACUGCCGUAACAAAUAAUAUCAAUAAUGAUCUCACAGGUAAUACUUUAACUAAUGAACUAAGUGAUAAUAUGUUACUUGAAAUUGAAAAUGAUCUACUUCUUAAUACGAAAAAGGAAAGAAGAUUAUCAAUUUCAAAUUACGUUCAAGAUAAAUCAAAGUAUUUUGAAAUUGAAGAAAUUGAUUUAGAUUUAGAAUUUCAAAAUGUAAAGAGAAAUGACCUGGCAAUUUCUAUGGGUGUCAAUAAUGAUGAUUUCCAGUUUAAUAUAAAUAAUAACGAUCUAUUAAUGAUUGACCAAAACAAUAAUAAUGAUAUUAAUGAUAAUGACUUCCAAACUUAUGAUGAAGAUGAUCUAGACAUUCCUCUAAUCAAUAAUGAUAAUGACCAGCAAUUACCUACUAUGAGAAGAAGAAAAAGAGAUAUUUUCAAAUUUAAUAAUUUUUUUGGUGGUAAUAACAGCAAUAAUGAUUCACAAAUCAGUACUGAUAACAACUAUAAAAAGAAACAUUUUUGGAGUUCUGGUAAAUCUUCUCAAUUGUUUAAAAAAUUUAAUAAUUCCAGAAGCAACAUAAAUGGACUUAGUAAUAAUAAUGACGAUGACGAUGAUAUAGAUAUGGAUUUUGACGUCUCCGUAUUCAAUUUCAGCGAAUUCGCUUCAGAGAAUGAAGAUUUAGAUGAUCUUAUAAUAGAAGAAACAAAUCUUCAUACUCUAAUCAACCCAUCAAAAUUGAUUCAAAACAAUGAAACGAUAACACCAAGUACAAUCAAUCCAGUUUCGCCAUUUAGCAAUUUAAAUUCAACUCCCUUCGUAACUACAAGUUCCUUUUCCUCCAAAAACCCAUUUAACAUGAGUAAUAACAGUGAAAGCACAUCUUCAUCGAUGUCUCCAGUUGUAGCAACUACUACCGAUGAAGCUACAUCCCAAGAUAACAAACCAGCAUUGAAAAAUAAAAAAUCUGGUAUCAGUGACACUCCAAAGAUCCGUGGGCGUAAGCCAUCUCUACUGGACGACGGAACCAAGCAAUUUUCUUGCGAAUAUUGUGAUAGACGUUUUAAAAGACAAGAACACUUGAAAAGGCACAUUAGAUCAUUGCAUAUAUGCGAAAAACCAUUCCACUGUCAUAUUUGUGACAAACAUUUCAGUAGAAGCGAUAAUUUAAAUCAACACAUCAAAACACAUAGUAAUACUAAUUGA